AUGUUAAAAAUUAUUCUGGUGGCAUUCCUGGCUUUUCUAGUACAAUAUUCUUUCAAAGUUCUAUUAACACUCGAUGUGCAUAAACGAACCUACAACCAUAGACCAGGCCCCUGUCGGAAAAUAGAAGGCGUUGUGAAUGGAUCCGAGGACAUCACAAUUUCAUAUGAGAAAAAUCUAGCAUUUAUCACUUCUGGAAUAGUUUUUCUACACUCUGACUCUUCAAAAACCGAGAAUAAUGGAGAGAUGUUUGUAUACGAUUUGUCACAAAGAAGCUACAAGGCGGAACGUAUUCCAGUAAAAAAUCUAGAAGAUUCUGAAUUUUUGCCACAUGGAAUAUCUCAUUGGGUACUGAAAGAUGAAACUGUGAGGUUGUUUGUUGUGGUGCAUUCGAAGGAUUUUAAACAUUCUAUUGUGAUUCUGGACUACGAUGAGAAGAAGAGAGUUUUGAACCAUGUCAGGACAAUCAAAGAUGACAAAUUUGUUAGACCUAACGACGUUCUUGCCACUGGAGAAAAUUCAUUUUUCGUUUCCAAUGACGGAGGUUAUCAUUCCAAUUUAGGAAAUAUUCUGGAAAUCGCUACAGGAUUCCAUAAAGGAAGUCUGGUUCAUUAUGAUGGGAAGAACAGUCAUUAUCUCUUGGAAAACACAGCAACUAAUGGAAUCAUUCUUUCGAAUGAUAAAAAGACGCUUUACGUUUCUUUCAUUUAUGAAGAAACCAUUGGUGUUUUCGAUUGGAAUGUGGCAAAACAGGAGAUCCGAGAAGUUUCGAAAAUUGAAACCUUGACAGCUUGUGAUAAUUUUCAUGUGGAUGAGGAUGAUAACCUCUGGUCGGCGUGUCACCCCGUACUAAAAGACGUGGCCAAACAUCUUGGGAACCAUAAGAACAAAGAUCUUCAUUCUCCAACUCAAGUGCUUCGUUUCAAGUUUUCAGCAGAUCGGAAAUCCGCUGAAAUAGUGGAAGUAUUUUCUGAUGAAGGAAGAUUCACUUCAGCGGGAGCAGUAGCCACUUCGUUUGAUAAUGGAAAACAAAUGUUGAUUGGAACUGUAUUUAGAGAUGUCACUCACUGUGAUAUCAAUAUAUCUUUGGAUUUCUAA